UUCAAACAAACCAGAACCAUAAACUAGAAGCUAGCCAAGAACUACUCAUUGGUUUGUUGCGUCUUUCUUGAAAGAUCCAAGAAGCCAUGACCACAGCCAUGGAUCACCAAUGGCGUCGCCUUCAUCUUGCUGCUACUACUACCUUGCCAUUCAUGGUGGACACCGAGCAGAGUCCGGCCAUGGUUCUAGGCGCCAACUACUACCACCUGAUCACGCCGGCACAGGCGGCUUAUUGCUACCGGUCCCUGGCGCGGCCGGCCACGAUGAAACGUCACAGCGGCCUGGCGGCGCCGGCGGUGGCGAGGGCGAAGCUGUACCGCGGCGUGCGGCAGCGGCACUGGGGCAAGUGGGUGGCCGAGAUCCGGCUGCCGCGGAACCGGACGCGGCUGUGGCUCGGCACGUACGACACCGCGGAGGAGGCAGCGCUGGCCUACGACGGCGCCGCGUUCCGGCUGCGCGGCGACGCUGCUCGCCUCAACUUCCCCGAGCUCCGGCGUGGCGGCCAGCACCUCGCGCCACCGCUCCACCCGACCGUCGACGCCAAGCUCCACACCAUGACGUCGGCGCCAGCUCCACCCGAGAGCGCGGGCAUCAAGAACGAGCCGGGCUGCUGCUCCGGCUCCGAGGCCUCGACGACGACGACGGCAGGCGACGGUGCAGACGUCUCGUCGUCAUCGACCGUGUCGUCGUCGUUGGCAAAGGCGGCGCCAAUGCCAGAGAUGCAGCAGCUGGACUUCUCGGAGGCGCCGUGGGACGAGGCUGACGGUGUCGCGCUCCGCAAGUACCCGUCGUUGGACGUCGACUGGGACGCCAUCCUCUCCUGAGUCCUGAUCAUGCAACCAUAUGAGAUCAAACAAGCACAACAGAAAUGGCCAUCGGCUUCUUGACUAUGCCAUGUCUGCGUUUGUGGUUCAGGGGGCCUUCGACGCUGCCUUCAAUCGCAUCGAAUCGCUUCGUCUGAUCAGUGUCAUCUUUCCUGGCCCCUGCUUGGUUUUGUGUUCGUGGCAUUGUGCAGGAGGAAUUGGAGGAGUGUAGUGCAGUGCUGUUGCAUCACCCAGGGUCACUUUUGUGGGUGUUGUUGUCACCAAGAAAAAGGCUAUGUGCAUAUGCCAAAAUAUAUACUAAUAUAGUAGUACCACUCUUAUGUGAUGGACGCUAUGGAUGCAGUUGUUUUGUCCUCAGAAAUAUAAUGGUUAAUGAACAAUCUUGAAUUGACACAUUA